UUAUUAAUUUUUCGUGUGGAUUUGCGGCUUGGAAACUAACAGAACAAAAUGGCGAACACCAGCACUGCGCUUACUGUAGGUGGAGAUAGAACUACAGGCCAGUCCGUUCGCACACAGAAUGUUUUGGCAGCAUGCUCCAUUGCUAAUAUUGUGAAAAGCAGUCUUGGGCCUGUUGGCUUAGACAAAAUGCUAGUGGAUGAUAUUGGGGAUGUUACGAUCACUAAUGAUGGUGCUACUAUCCUAAAGCUGUUAGAGGUUGAACACCCAGCAGCUAAAGUGUUGGUUGAGUUGGCAGAUCUGCAAGACCAGGAAGUUGGAGAUGGAACAACCAGUGUAGUGAUUAUGGCAGCUGAAUUGCUGAAAAAUGCAGAUGAUCUUGUCAAGUGCAAGAUUCACCCUACUUCCAUUAUAAGUGGCUAUAGAUUGGCAUGCAAAGAGGCGGUCAAAUAUGUUCAAGACCAUCUUACAAUUCCUGUGGAAGAUCUGGGGCGAGACUGCAUUGUCAAUGUAGCUAAGACAAGCAUGUCAAGCAAAAUAAUAGGACCGGAUUCAGACUUUUUUGCAAAUAUGGUGGUGGAUGCUGCCAUGGCAGUGAAAACAUCGGAUGGUAAAGGAGGAUAUCGCUAUCCCAUCAAAGCUGUUAACGUUUUAAAGGCGCAUGGUCGUAGCACACGUGAAUCAAUGUUGGUACAUGGUUAUGCUCUAAACUGUACAAUUGCUGCACAAGGAAUGCCAAGGCGAAUUGUGGAUGCCAAGAUUGCUUGUCUAGACUUUAGCCUGCAAAAAACCAAAAUGCAUUUGGGUGUGCAGGUACUGAUAGAGGACCCCACCAAGCUGGAUGGUGUGCGCCAGAGAGAAUCAGACAUCACUAAAGAGAGAAUCCAAAAAAUACUGAGUACAGGUGCAAAUGUCAUCCUGACAACAGGUGGUAUUGAUGACCUCUGUCUAAAGUACUUUGUCGAGGCAGGUGCUUUGGCUGUGCGACGAUGCAAGAAGGCUGACUUGAAGCGCAUUGCCAAGGCUACAGGAGCCACCUUCCUCAUGACCCUUGCCAAUCUAGAAGGAGAAGAGUCUUUUGAAGUGUCCAUGCUUGGACAUGCAGAAGAGGUGAUCCAGGAGAGAAUUUGUGAUGAUGAGCUCAUUCUUGUCAAGGGGCCCAAAGCUCGGACAUCAGCUUCAAUCAUUCUGCGAGGAGCCAAUGACUAUAUGUGUGAUGAGAUGGAACGCUCAAUGCAUGAUGCCCUAUGUGUAGUGCGCCGUGUUCUGGAGUCUAAGACUGUUGUGGUGGGUGGUGGUGCUGUUGAGGCUGCCCUAUCCAUCUACCUUGAGAACUUCGCCACUUCUCUGGCCAGUCGGGAGCAGUUGGCUAUAGCAGAAUUCGCUAGGUCCUUGUUGGUGAUACCCAAACAACUUGCAGUCAAUGCUGCUCAGGAUUCCACUGACCUGGUGGCAAAGCUUCGUGCUUACCAUCAUACCUCCCAGACCAAACCUGAACAUAGUGAGCUCCGCUGGGUUGGACUUGACUUGAUAGCUGGAGUUGUUAGAGACAAUAAAAAGGCAGGUGUUUUGGAGCCCACUGUGUCCAAAACAAAAUCCAUCAAGUUUGCAACUGAGGCAGCCAUCACCAUCCUUCGUAUUGACGACAUGAUCAAACUGGUAUCGCAGGAACAACGGGGCAAGUCCUAUAGUGAUGCCUAUCAUGCAGGGGAGCUUGAUGAUUGAGUCUAUUCUGUAACAUAAGCUGUCUUCAUUUCCUCUUAUCCCAGACUGAUGAAGAAAACAGAUGGCCACAUAUUGAUUUUAUGCAUGUGAAUCUGCAACAAGACCAAGCUGUGCUUCUUUCUGAUCUUUAGGAAACAUUUUGUUUAGAUCUAGAACUACCAAUAAAGCUGCGGAAUAAAGAAGAAACUUUCUGAAUUGUCAGCUUAACAGCUUAACCUUCCCAUUUUUUGAGCUUUGAUGUUUUUGUCCUCCUCCCCCCCUCCCCUUGCCCAAUUUUGUGGUUGUAGCCGUUUUUUUAAAAAAAGUUCUCUUGUGUCCAUGUGAAAGUGUCUUCAUUAAAUGAGUUGAUUGAAAUGC